UGCAUCACUUUCCCACAUGCUUGCGGUGGAUUUAAAAGUGUGGAAAUGAGCUGAUCUGUGAUCUUUUUUGUCUUUGUCUGCCGGGCUGAUCUGGUGCCCAUGAAUCGAGCUUUGUGAGAGGGCAGCAGUCGGCACGGUGUGCUGGAUGUCUGUGAAACAUUCAUGGGCCAGAAGGACCAUGUGGAGGCGGGAGACGGCCACAUCCUGGACCUGGGGCUGGACUUGGAGUAUCUCCACGUAGCGGGGGCUGAUCGGCCCCCUGCUAUGGAGGAGCAGGGGGAGAGCUCCGGUGACCCCAGCGCUGCCGGCUCCCCUCCACAGGCCGUGCUCGAUGAGAACGGUGGAUCCGACGCAGACUGCGAGUCUGCGCCGCCUCCCGAGCCCGCCCUCGCUGCGGGCGCCGACUCGGACGGGGGCGAGGGAGGCUCGACUCACAGUAAGAACGCCCACCAGCCGCUCUGUCGGACCCAGUGCGUGGACCUGGGCACCGAGGGGCCUCCUGAAUCACCAGAGCCCGAGCUCGACCCCGCCGUCGGCCCCGGGUGCGAGCGGCCCCCGGCAGAGCCCGAGCCUGAGGCGAGAGGGAAAGAAUACCAGGCGAAGCUGGAAUUCGCCCUGAAGCUGGGCUACUCCGAGGAGACGGUCAGACUGGUGCUGUCCAAGCUCGGCGCCGACACCCUCAUCAACGACAUCCUGGGAGAGCUGGUCAAACUGGGCACCAAGUCGGACGGCGAGCAGCCGGCCGCAUCCCUGGCCUCCACCUCCUCAUCUUCCUCGUCCUCGUCCUCUUGCGGCUGUUCCGACUUGCUCGACGCCCAGCGCUCUGACUCGCCGUGUCCCGCGGACUCGACCUGCGACCAGGACAACCUGCGGCCGGUAGUGGUGGACGGCAGCAACGUGGCCAUGAGCCAUGGCAACAAAGAAGUGUUCUCGUGCCAGGGCAUCCAGCUGGCUGUAGAUUGGUUCCUGGAGCGCGGUCACCAUGACAUCACGGUUUUUGUGCCGGCGUGGAGGAAAGAACAGUCGCGCCCUGAUGCGCCCAUAACAGAUCAAGAGAUCCUGCGUCGCCUGGAGAAGGAGAAAAUCCUGGUCUUCACUCCGUCACGACGCGUUCAGGGCCGGCGCGUGGUGUGCUAUGACGACCGUUUCAUUGUCAAGCUGGCCUAUGAGUCAGACGGCAUCAUUGUGUCCAACGACAACUACAGAGACCUUGCGAACGAGAAGCCUGAGUGGAAGAAGUUCAUCGACGAACGGCUGCUCAUGUAUUCCUUUGUCAACGACAAGUUCAUGCCGCCAGACGAUCCUCUUGGUCGUCACGGGCCGAGCUUGGAUAACUUCCUGAGGAAAAGACCUGUGAUGCCCGAACAAAAGAAGCAGCCUUGUCCAUAUGGAAAGAAGUGCACUUACGGCCACAAGUGUAAGUACUACCACCCGGAGCGAGGAGGGCAGCCCCAGCGGGCCGUGGCCGACGAGCUGCGGGCGAGCGCCAAGACCUGCGUCGCCUCCAAGAACCAGGGCGACGCUGGGCUGGUGAAGAGCCACAGCGUGCCGGCCGGCAGCAUCGAGGCCAAAAAGGGAGCCCCGAAGAGGCAGUCCGACCCCAGCAUCCGAGCCCUGUCGUACAGCGACGCCGAGGAGAAGCUGCUGGCGAAAGGCAGGGCGGAGACCCAGAAGGGUAGCGGUGGUGGCAGCGGCACGCCGAGCGGCGGGAGCGUCAGCAUGUCCCCGGCUCCGGGAGGGCCCCCUUCCUGUCUCGGCCUCCCGCAGGACCAGCAGUCCCGGGCCGUGACGCCUCACGGUCACCUCCCGGCUCCCGGCCACGACCUCUACCCUCACUGCGAGUCCCCGGACUUGAGCUACUACUCGGUGACCCGCGCCUACUCGGGCCUGAGCCUGUCCUCCAGGCGGAGCCCGGACUGCCGCUUCCCCAGCGACGUGGACCUGCGGCUCGGCUCCAUGGGCUCGGCCGGCUCCGAGUGCGGCAGCGAGAGCAGCGUCAGCUGCGGCAGCAGCUGCGACUCUUACGGCGAGCGCUCGUGUCCCGGGUGUGCCCCCGACGGCCCGCUGGAGGACGGGGUCCACUUCGCGAACGCCCACGGUCGCCUCUACUCCCACCACGCCGCGGCGAGCCACGAGCUGUGCGGCCUCCACCCUGCGGAAUACACGAACAUCCAGCACUCGGGCGUGCACGCCUACCACCUGAGCGCUGCCGCCGCGCGGGGCCAGAGCUGUUCCCACGACCAGCCUCCCCCAGACGCCCCCCCGAAGCGCCCCCUGUACCCGCUGCCCCCCCACCUCCAGCACCAGCCCCUGUCCGCCCGCUCCAGCUGCCCCGGCGACUACCACUCCCUGCCCCAGUCCAGCCCCCACCACCCCCCCGGCUCUCCUCUGGGCCGCUGCCUGGCCCCCACGCGAGCGGAGAGCGUGUCCGACUCGCACCUGUACGAACACCUCUCCGCCCCGCACCAUCACCACCGCCUCAAAGCCGUAUCUGGCUGGGAGUCGUACUACCGACAGCCCCCGCCGCCGCCGCCGCCCUAUCAGAGCCUCCCGGACACCCGCCAGUCCUCCUGGCAAACCCCGCCGUGGGCGCAGGACGGCUACCACCCCUCCCACCCGGCCCUCCACCCGUCCUCCGCUCACUACCUGAGCCACCCACCCUACCCGCCUCACGCCGCUCACCUCCCGGUGCCGUCGCACCCCCCGCCUCCCCCCUACAUGCAGCAGCAGCAGCACCCGGAAUCCCCCGCGCACGGCCGCUACGGCGACGUGAGGGAGAAGGUGUACGUGAACCUGUGCAACAUCUUCCCGUCCGAGCUGGUGGGCCGCGUCAUGUCCCGGAGCCCCCACGUGAUGGACCCCCAGCAGCUGGCGGCCGCCAUCCUGGCAGAGAAAGCCCAAACCGGGUACUGAACAGCAACCCAUGCAAAGCUGUGGCGGAAGAAAUGCUGAGGAUAAUCCAAAACCCAAGAGGCGUGUCGAAGAGACAUGAAGUGUUUUUAGAU